AAACCCUGGUGAGUGGUGAUAGUGAAACUGAGGUGGGUGUUCAGUUCUCCCUCUCCCCUCUCUAGAUUGCCCUCUCUUCUUCUACGUGCUGUGAGGUUUAUUCAUCGUAAGCCUGCAGGUGUGAGGAUAAGUGUGUUAGUGAUCUAAAAAGCAAGAUGUCAGCUGGGCCUGGACUCGAGUCUCUUGUGGAUCAGACAAUUUCAGUCAUCACAAAUGACGGACGAAAUAUAGUGGGAGUCCUGAAAGGUUUUGAUCAGGCAACAAAUAUAAUUCUUGAUGAGUCCCAUGAACGCGUUUAUUCUACAAAGGAAGGUGUGCAACAACUUGUUCUCGGUUUGUACAUCAUUAGAGGUGACAACAUAAGUGUUGUUGGUGAACUAGAUGAAGAUAUGGAUUCUAAUCUGGAUUUGUCAAGACUUAGAGCUCAUCCCUUGAAACCUGUUAUUCAUUGAAGUGUAUUUACAACGUAUUGGUUGUCAAUGGCUGCAUGCCUACUUGGUGGGUGGAAACAGUUGAGUUUUACUGCAUAUUAUAUAACAGUACGCUUGUAGACAGCAAAAUAUUUCUAAAAUUCUGAUUCUGUUUCUCGAUGUUAGCAUGCAAAUCUUGCC